AGUUUGCAUGUUUAACAUGUUGUAAGAUGUGAGUUGAUUAAGAAUAUAGUUAUUUUAUUUUUUAGGUGGAUAUAGUAUCAGGCUGGUGAAUGGUAAUAAUGGUUGCUCUGGGAGAGUGGAGAUCCUUUAUAAUGGUCAGUGGGGAACAGUGUGUGAUGAUGACUGGGACAUGAAUGAUGCUGCUGUGGUGUGCAGACAGUUGGGAUGUGGAGAAGCUGUUAGUGCAAAGUCCCAGGCUUAUUUUGGCCAGGGAAGUGAUCCGAUCUGGUUGGAUAAUGUGAGAUGUUCAGGAAGUGAAUUAUCCCUCACACAGUGCUCACACAAUACUAUUGGAAGCCAUAACUGUGGUCACAGGUGAAGAUGCAGGUGUCGUCUGCUCACAGGACAUACGAUUGGUCGGUGGAUCUGAUUCCUGCUGCAGUGGAAGAGUGGAGAUCCAUCAUAACGGUCAGUGGGGAACCGUGUGUGAUGAUAGCUGGGACAUGAAUGAUGCUGCUGUGGUGUGCAGACAGUUACAGUGUGGAUCAGCCAUCAGUGCACCUCAAAGUGCUGCCUUUGGUCAAGGCAGUGGAUCGAUCUGGCUGGAUGAUGUUGGAUGCUUAGGAGGUGAAGGAAAACUCACACAAUGUUCACACAGUGGACUAGGAAAACACAACUGUAAACAUGGUGAAGAUGCUGGUGUUGUUUGUUCAGGUGACCUGCAGAAGCCCACACUUUCCCUGAUCUCCACACAUGCAGUUGUUUCUCCUGGAGAAAACAUUCAGUUCAGAUGCACAACACCUAAAUCAAGAUGCAAUGCUGAUGCUGAAUUCCACCUCUUCAUAAAUGGAUCGUCUAUAUUAUCCUCUCAGAAACAUGUAUCUGGUGUGACUUUCAACCCUGUUAAUGUAGGCGUCUCACAUCAGGGCAGCUACAGCUGUAAUUACUCCUACAAAAAUGGCAUUAUAAAGUCACCUUGGAGUGACACUAUUAAAAUCACUGUGGUGCACUUGCAGCAGCCCAGCAUUCCCUGCAUUGCUCCUGAUGGACAGUUUGAUGUUGGGCCUCAGGGGCCAGUGAUCACCAGGGAUCACAGUUUCACCAUCAUCUGUUCCACUCAAUCUCAGUAUCCUGGAGGCUCCUUCUACCUGUUUAGAGAAGCAAAUAUCGCCAAGAGUCAGUCAGCUGUCGAUCUCUCUGCCUCCUUCUCCUUUCCUGAGGCAGAUUUUUCACAUGAGGGAAAAUACAGUUGUGUUUAUGAAGUCAUUUUGUCCUCACGCUCCUUCCGUUCACCUGCCUCUGAACUGCUGGUCAUCACUAUCACAGUGCACUUGCAGCAGCCCAGCAUUCCCCGCAUUGCUCCUGAUGGACAGUUUGAUGUUGGGCCUCAGGGGUCAGUGAUCCCCAGGGGUCACAGUUUCACCAUCAUCUGUUCCACUGAAUCUCAGUAUACUGGAGGAUCCUUCUACCUGUUUAGAGAAGCAAAUAUCACCAAGAGUCAGUCAGCUGUCGAUCUCUCUGCCUCCUUCUCCUUUCCUGAGGCAGAUUAUUCACACGAGGGAAACUACAGUUGUGUUUAUGAAGUCAUUUUGUCCUCACGCUCCUUCCGUUCACCUGCCUCUGAACUGCUGGUCAUCACUAUCACAGCCUCCCUGCUUCCUGUCAUUGGUGCUGCGGUGUCAGCUGUGCUGCUCUUAUUGUCUGUCCUCAUAAUCAUCCUCCUAAUCAAGAGAAGACAAAAACAAAGGAAUAAGGAAACUAAUUUGAAGUGCUCUUUUAAAAAACGAGGAUCAGCUAAUACAUAUGCAGGUGGAUCCCAAGAUAACAAAUAUGAAGAUGAUGAUGAGGCUGAUUAUGAAAAUGUGGAACUUGAUGAAAACAUGGAUCACAAUGACUCUGAACAGGACUAUAUUAAUAUAGACUCUGAUCAUUCUGAAGAUGACUAUAUCAAGGUGGACGCGGAUGACUCUGAAGAUGGACUAUAUCAAUGUGGACGCGGAUGACUCUGAAGAGGACUAUGUCAAUGCGAAUGUUACAGAGAAUAAAAGUGUGCUGGACAAAUCUGAUGAUAACAUUUAUGAAAGCUGUUGUGAGUGAACCCAAAAUACUGUAAUUAAUGAGGCUCCAAACAGAUGGGUGUAAUGAAGAGUGUGAUGAACAGAGACAACAGAUGACUAAAUCUUUUAUAUUUGUAUUAAUAAGACUUGCAACACUUUUAAUGGUAACCUUAAAAUAAGUUUAAAGUUUAAAAUAAGAAAAUAUAAGGAGAUACAGUAUUUUGGGUA